AGAAUUAUUGAGAGAGAGACAGGGAGAAGAAAAAGAAGAUUUUUUUUAAUUUUUUUUCCUUUUUGUUUGCUUUUGCAAAUUUGGAGAAGAAGAUGAAGAUGGGAAUUGUAUUGAAUGCAGGAAGGUGAAGAAUUCCGCCUGUGUCCUACCAAUCUCACCAAUUUCAACAAAUCCCAUGGCCGAGACUCCUCGAAGACAUUGUUACAAACGUCCACUCUCUCUCUUCUCUCUCUCUUAAACAUCGACGACCCUUUCAAGAAACAAAUCAACCGUUUCAGAAAAGCCAUCAAAUCCAAAAAAGCCUUUACGUUUCGAGAGAGAGAGAGACAGGGGUGCGUGUUAAAAAUUUAUUGUUAUCCUUUCUAAACGGUGCGAGAGUGACCCCAAUUCCGUUUCAUUUCUCUCCGAAUCUGCUUUCUCUUCUUCAUCACUCAAUCGCUCGGAGCUCAGUGCCUCCCCCAGAUUCUGCUCCUCCUUCGUCCAUUUCCAAUUCCACUGUUUCUGAUAUAUUUCGUCGAUUGGGGUCGAGAAUUCCGCGAAAAUGGGGUUGAUUUCGGGGAUCUUUAUGGGGGUGAUCUUUGGGAUUGCAUUGAUGGCCGGGUGGCAGCACAUGAUGAGGCACAGAAGCACCAAAAGAGUUGCUAAGGCCGUUGAUAUGAAAAUUCUUGGUUCUCUCAGUAGAGAUGAUUUGAAGAAACUAUGCGGGGAUAAUUUUCCUGAAUGGAUCUCUUUCCCAGUUUAUGAACAGGUGAAAUGGCUUAACAAGCUGCUGAGCAAAAUGUGGCCGUUUGUUGCAGAUGCAGCAGAAUUGGUUAUAAAGGAAUCUGUUGAACCUCUGCUGGAAGAGUACAGACCCCCAGGAAUUACUUCAUUAAAGUUCAGCAAGUUAUCUCUUGGUUCAGUGGCACCAAAAAUUGAAGGUAUACGUGUUCAGAGUCUAAAGAAAGGUCAGAUCACAAUGGAUAUUGAUUUUCGAUGGGGUGGAGAUCCAAGCAUCAUUUUAGGUGUUGAAGCUGCACUUGUUGCUUCAAUACCUAUUCAGCUGAAGGACCUUCAAGUUUUUACUGUUAUUCGGGUUAUUUUUCAACUUGCUGAAGAGAUACCCUGUAUUUCUGCUGUUGUUGUCGCCCUACUUGCUGAGCCGGAGCCAAAAAUUUUAUAUAAUCUCAAGGCCGUUGGUGGAAGCCUAACUGCUAUUCCUGGAAUUUCAGAUAUGAUUGAUGAUACCGUGGAUACAAUUGUUUCCGAUAUGCUCAAAUGGCCACAUAGGAUUGUUGUUCCAAUUGGUGGCAUACCUGUCGAUUUAAGUGAGUUAGAGCUUAAACCACAAGGAAAGCUUACCCUGACAGUUCUGAAAGCUAACAGCUUGAAGAACAUGGAAAUGAUAGGAAAAUCGGAUCCUUAUGCUGUUGUGCAUAUUCGGCCACUAUUCAAAUACAAAACAAAGACAGUUGAGAACAACCUCAACCCUGUUUGGAAUGAGGAAUUCGAAUUGAUUGUAGAAGACAAGGAGACACAGUCAGUUAUCCUCGAGGUUUAUGAUCAGGAUAUUGGUCAAGAUAAGCAACUGGGGAUAGCGAAAUUACCUCUGAUUGAUCUUCGAGGAGAGGUCACUAAGGAGAUUGAGCUGCGAUUGCUUGCAUCGCUCAACACACUGAAAGUGAAAGACAAGAAAGAUCGAGGAACUCUCACAGUCAAGGUUCAUUACCACGAGUUUAACAAGGAGGAGCAGUUGGACGCUCUGGGAAAGGAGAAGCAGAUCCUUGAAGAGAGAAAGAAACUCAAGGAGGAAGGAGUUUUGGGCAGCACAAUGGAUGCCCUUGAGGGAGCUGCAUCCUUUGUUGGGUCUGGCCUUGGCAGUGGAGUUGGAAUGGUAGGUAGCGGCAUUGGCAGCGGUGUUGGUCUUGUCAGUAACAGCAUCAACGCUGGAGUUGGCAUGGUCGGGAGUGGCCUUGGUGCUGUUGGCAGUGGCCUCUCGAAAGCUGGAAGGUUUAUGGGGCGGACCAUCACCGGGCAAUCCACCCACUCCAGAAGGGGCAGUUCUUCUUCAACCCCAAGCAGCGCCCAGGAAAAUGGUGGAUCGAAGCCGUGGUAGUAUGUUCGAUCGUGCAGUGUGACAGGUAGGAAUUGUGAAAUAUCUCAACUGGGUUUGUACCGUUUAAAAUUCUUUCGUCUCGUUCUUCAUCUCGUAGUGAUUUCAUGUGUUCUUAUCUAUUAGAAUUGGAAAAGUUUGCAUAAAUUUUGUAAAGUUCUUCCAUACAAUGUGCAUUUGUUGCAGAAGAAUAACUUGUGAAAAUUUAGUCUGUAUGCAUCUGUUUUGAAUCACGUCGAAUAAAUGUAAUUUAUUACUAUGACUA